UUAAAGAGAAUAUUGGCCUCAUAAAUAUCACAUUACUAGCUAGUCCACUUCCACUAUCAAGUAUCAACUUGCUGCAGCUCUCAUGGAGAUGAACUACGAAAACAACCUAGAGAAUCUCCUCUAUGAAUUCUUCUUUUUAUCAGAUCAAGCUUGCCAAGACAAAAGCUUUGAUCCCUCCAAAAUAGAAGAUCUGAUGGAACGGUUUGAAAUCGAACCUAACAAUUCAUUUGCUUCCAUGGAAACCCAAAUGAAGGUAGAGUGUGAAGAAGCUGAGAAUUUCAUGAGAGAUGCCGAAUAUGAAAUGAAUUUAGCCAUGGAAAAAGCAAUGGAGGAUUUUCGAACAUUUGAAGCGGAGUUCGACCGUAUGGCAAAAGAUGAACACGAUAAUCUUCUUCGUGUUGCAAAUGGUGCAAAGAAGAUGGGGAAUUCCAUGGAAAAUUCAGCAACUUUAGCUUCUAAAAAGUACAUGGAAGCUUCACUUGCUUCGGCUAAGGCGUCAAUGAAGUCUGCGUGGAAAGGUUUCUCUGUAAAACCAGCUAAAAAGGUUCAUCCUUCUUAAUUAACGGUACCUUACUACACAUGUGUCUUCUACUUAAUCAUAAGACACAAUUUCCGUAUGCUUUCUAAUUACUGCCCAAACUUAAUUGCUGAUUUUGGUUAAUCUCGAUUUAUUGUAAUUGGAAAUUUGUGUCAUGCAUUGGUCAUAAUUGCAUAAUUAGAUGUCCUUGUUCAUCA